AUGAAAUUCCGGGUUCUAGUAUUAAUAUUGGUACGAGCUUCCAAACAGAAAACACAAAAAGCUUUUGUUUCGUUUUUGGACAAAAUUCUUAUUUUCUUGCAUCUCUGCUUCCAAAAACACACACUGGUUCAGCCACGAGACAAUAUUCUUAAAAAAAAUUUUUUCUAUUUCUAUUUUCUCUAUUUUUUAAAGUUAGCUACAAGUAAAGGAAAACCAAAAGUUAAAUUAGAAGCAGUUUCUGCUUUGGGUUGUUUACUUCAAUUGCCAUCUGACAGUAAAUUGUAUAAAAACUCGCUAAAUGCGCUUCUUUUCUCACUACAAACUUCCCCCUAUGCUGCAAUUCGAGAAAAAGUAGCCUCUCAAUUAUUCGAAGCUUUUAGUCUUUUAAUUGAGGAGGAAGAAGAAAAACAAAUUAAUUUAGCUUUGGAAUUAUUAGCACAAACAGAUUGGAGUAAAUGGGGGGAUGAAAAGAUGAAUAAUUCUUUUGAGGAAAUUAAAAGAAUUUUGAUAGGGAUUUAA